AUGAAGUUCUCUGUUGUUGCACAGGCUCUCUUCGCCAUUCCUGGUCUUGCUACAGCUAUUCCUGCGCCCGUCGAAGCAGUCGAAGUUGACAAGCGUGCGAAUUGCAAGUUCAUCCUCCAAUGGACAGACAACUGGUAUGAAAAUGCCUUGAGAAGAUACCGAGUGCAACUCAUCACGGAGCCCCGAAAUGACGACCAUCUCGGAUUGUACUGUGGCAUCUUGGCGAAAUACACCGUCGAGCUUGAGAACCAGCAGUGCUACUGGAGAGAUGGCAUGUAUGUGGUCGACAUUAGUGAAGUGCAAGGCCCAGCUGGUCACGACCAAUACAAACGCCAGCAUAAAUUGGCGUCUGAUCGUUUCUAUUCGGGAACUGGCUGUGAUAUUGUUCUGAACACCUAG